GUCGCAUGUUGUCAACGUCAUAACUUGAUUUCGAAGCGGUGUGCGGCAAAAGCAACAUAAUACCGUUGUUUGGUUUCUGUUUAUAUCAAUUAAUUUGAGUUAUUUCAAAUUAUGUCAUCAAAAGGCAUUAAGGUAGACAAUGACCUCAAAACAAAGGUAAUGUUUUCACAAUUUCUUGGAAGUAGAAGUUGAAUAAUUGAGAUUGCUUGCCAGGCCUAGCUAGCUAGGGAGGCUAGCUACAUUUUGCUCAUUACUUAGCUAACUACGUUAUUAGCCAUUAGCACAACAUCACUUAUGAGUGUUCUAUUAGAAAAAUCUGAGCUCAGUCAAGUGGUGUUUAUCUAUCCUGAUGGGACUGGACAGCACCGAUUUGUUUGUUUGUCUAUAGUAUCCCGCAUCACACAAAUACUUAUGCACGAGGCUGUCUUUUUCUGCAGUUAGCUAGUAACGUUACUAGUAAAUCAUUUACAUAUUUCCCAUUUAAUCUGUGGUAACACUAACAGUUCUUGGGGAGAGCAAUAAUAUUAGCAAAUGUACAAAUUUAACUAGAUAGGUAGCCUGCUAGCUACAGGAAAAGACACUACGGUAUGGGGAAAAAAACUGGUGGUGUGGACAGCGGCUUCCAUCAAAUGGCACGAGGUGUGCUUGGACUGUCAUAUUCAACAUGGUUUUACUUUCGGGUGUAUAAAUUGUGUUCGGAAAAAAAUAGUUGUUAUUAUUGUUAUUUCCUCAUAGGUUGAUACUUUCAGAGAGCGAAUCACGGGUGAGGUGAGUGUCAACAUUUUCUUAUUUUAGACUUUUGAUGGUCAAAGUCUUUUUAUUUCACAAAUUUUACAAACAACAACCACAAAUAACUGUUUGGAAUCAUCGUGUAGUGGAGGCAUCAUGUAGAUACUGAUGCUGGUGCACACGUGAUCAUUGGUUUAAAAAAAAACGUUUGUUCUUUACUAGGCUGAAAACCUGGUCGCAGACUUUUUCCCUAAAAAGUUGCUGGAACUUGACAGCUUUCUGAAGGUAAUUCAUAUUCUAAUAACAGGGAUUCUAUUGUUGUCCAUUUCAUUGUUAAAAUAGAAUAUAGGAUAAUGCAGAGCCCCUGAAGUACUCUGUCACAGCUGACAUGAUGUGUUGUCAGCUGUGAUGCAUUGUCCUGGCACCACCCUUGUUGUCCUGACAGUGUGGUGCUAGGACAACAACCUCUCCCUCGUCAGCAAGACGAAGGAUCUGAUCAUGGACUACAGGAAAGGAGGGCUGAGCACACCUCCAUCCACAUAGACGGGGCUGUAGUGGAGCGGGUGGAGAGCCUGAAGUUCCUCGGUGUCCAUAUCACUAAUUAACAUGGUCCACACGAGCUGGGACGAUAAACAGAAAAUUAUCUCAGGAAUUUUGCUGAUAUCGUUCAUUACGAUAAGUAGCCUAUACUACGGAAAUAAUAUAUAUAUAUAUAUAUAUUUUUUUGUCAUUUUAGUCAUUUAAUGGGACAGUUGAUGGCUACAACCAUCAAACCAUUAGUAGAUAAUACAAAAAACUGUAGUGCACAUUGUUAUAACUUAUCGUUAUUGCAUCAAUUCAGGCAGUUUAUCACAACAUGGAUUUUUGUCCAUAUUGCUAUUUUUCUCUCUGCGUUGUUGGGAAGGGCCCGUAAGUAAGCGUUUCACUGUUAGUCUACACCUGUUGUUUACAAAGUGUGUGACAAAUACACUUUGAUUUGAUUUCUGCAUCCUUUCCAGGAGCCCAUUUUGAAUGUCGCAGACCUGAAAGAGAUCCACUCAGAGAUAAAUGUCAAAGUACCAGACCCAAUCAUCCUCAACAAUAGUCAUGAUGGACUGGAUGUGGUAAGUGAAUGGAUUCUCAUUUGCAUCAAAUCAGUAUCAUGAAAGUCUACACAUUCAAUACCAGAGUGACAAACAUGAUUUUGUCAAUUACAUUACCAUGGUUACAGGUAACACACCUGAUUUAACAAAUCAAGAUCUUGAUUGAAGACUGAAAAGUAGAAUCAGGUGUGUUACUGCUUGGCUGGAACAAAAGCCUGCACCCACAGUUAGCUAGCGUUUGUUCAUAUGGUGCUGCCUAACAACUUCGUUAGUCUGAUCACAAGGGUAUGUUCCACAUCUGAAAAUAAACUACCCUGAACAAAAUGGAGGAUAGCCAACAACAGCAGUCUCUCACUCCCUUUAAGCAGGGCACUGUGCUCAAAGCACUUGACCAUUACUGUUCGAAAGGAGAAACAUUUGGAAACCCUUUGAACAAGGGAGACGUGUAACAGAAGUAAUGCCUAUGUUAACCCGAGGUUAAUGUUUAUAGCAAAAUGCCAGAAAACGGAAAAUGGAAGAUGGACUAGAUGAUGAAAACUGUCAAGGUAAACCCUACUGCCUGUUGUCAUGCCAUUUAAUACUUGCAUAAUAAGUCUUAUGGCAUUGCUGUGCUGUAAAAUACGCUUGUUGAUUUCUCUCAAUGUCUGUCAAUGCCGACAUAUGCCAGAACCAUUAAUCUUCAAUAUAUUUCUUGAUCGAAGGGAAUAGUUGACUGAUUUGCAGUAUUCUGUAUUAGCUAGAAGCUGCUUGGAUGUUUGACCUCUCAAUCCCACCUCACUAGAUGGCCCCAAGGUGUUUGUCAUGCCAGGGGGGAUGAUAAAGAGCAACGGCCAGCUGGUGGACCUGAUCGAAAGAGUCAAGCCAGAAAUAAGAACCCUCAUAGAGAAAUGCAACACAGUAUGUACACACACAAACACAGCCAUUUUUCUUUGAGGGAUUUAUUUGAUUGCCUUUUGAGGGCUCUCUCACUCUGAAUUUCUUAGUGGAGAUCUACUGUUAAGAAAUGACUGUCUCAUCUGUAUGUCUCUCACUCUCAGGUCAAAAUGUGGGUCCAGCUCUUAAUCCCCAGAAUAGAGGAUGGUAACAACUUUGGCGUAUCCAUCCAGGUAUUAUACUUUCCAAUCAAUAUAAGUGCAGAGAUAUGCACAUUCACAUGUAUAGCUUCUUGUCUACUUUUCCAAACAUGAACAAAUCUCCAACACUAGGGGGCAGUACUUGCACGCUUUUAACGUUCCGUCAGAUAACGCUGGUCUUGUGGUUGUUUCUGUCCACAGGAGGAAACUGUUGCUGAGCUCAGGACUGUGGAAGGAGAGGCAGCCUCUUACCUGGACCAAAUUUCAAGGUAUGCUACAGUAUACUCUACCUUGUGUGUAUUUACAUUGUAGCAGACGAUCUUAUCCAGAGCGACUUACAGGAGCAAUUAGGGUUAAGUGCCUUGCUCAAGGGCACAUCGACAUAUUUUUCACCUAGUUGGCUCGAGGAUUAGAACCUGCGACCUUUCGGUUACUGGCAUAACGCUCUUAACCACUAAGCUACCUGCCGCCCUAUAUGAAACAAGUAUUGCAACAGGGUAACCAUAGAGCUUCAAAUCUAUGAAACUGUUCCUUGGACUGUCUCAAACGUUUGUUGUUAUUGACAGGUAUUACAUCACCAGAGCGAAGCUAGUCUCAAAAAUUACAAAGUACCCUCAUGUGGUAAGUGUUUACUGUUUACAUUCGAUGUGCUUCCCUGAGGCUGUCUCGAUGUUGACCAUCUGUCUGUCUGCAGGAGGACUACCAGCGCACUGUGACUGAAAUAGACGAGAAGGAAUACAUCAGCCUCAAGAUCAUUGUGUCAGAGCUGAGGAAUCAAUAUGUGAGCAUACAUGCACACCGUUCUGGCUCUGUUCAACCAAGUUGUAUCAACGUUAUGUUGUUAGCCUGUCAUGUUCUGGUGCAGAUAUUUGUUUACUGUAAUAACCAAACCCCAUCCGCUUGCAGGUGACAUUACACGACAUGAUCCUGAAAAACAUAGAGAAGAUCAAGAGGCCACGAAGCAGCAACAACGAAGCCCUCUACUGAACAUUCCCCUUCUCCAUAUCCUCCUCUCACAAACUCCUAUUAACAACCACAUUGGCAGCAUUUAGGUAUGCAGCCCAAUUCUGAUAUUUUUU